ACCAGCCGGGGCAAACCAACACCAUUGGAAUCAUUUGGUCUUGAAUAACCGAAGGGUAAGAUCGUUACGAACUUGUUCAGCAGAUAAUAAUUUUCAGUUAUUACGGAUUACCGAAAUUCAUCAUGAGUAUGCUGAAAUUAUUCUUCAUAAUCGGUACAAUGGUGACGUUGGCUCAAUCUCAGAUUGCGGUCGAAUGGAUCUGCAAGGACGCCAAAUUAAUGGGCAACUGCACUAGAAUGCCUAAGAUUACAGACUUGCUCCAAACAAUUACUCAAAACAGCGAAGAUGGCGAAUAUGAAGACUUCCACUAUUGUCCACAGUACAUCGUGGAACGUCACAUCAAGUGUAUGCAGACGUACUAUAAUGGUUGUUAUAGGUCCAUGUCCGAAAUCUUGCGAAAUACUUUCAUGGCUUUUGUACCACUACCUGAGAACGCUAAAACUCUCUGCGACAAAACCCGGCCUUACAAGAAAGAAUUUAGAGAACACUCGGCUUGCACGAAAGCUUUGUUAUAUGCCGACGAAGAUUGGUAUGACUAUGUGGAAGAUUCUGAGAUGCAAUACGGACAACAAAUGGACGACAUGAAUGUCCGUGACCAGUGCAAAAUUGUCAACUGUUAUUGGCGUGAUUUGACCACAAGAAUUAGUGAGGAAUGCGGACCGAAGACCGAAAAGUUUUCUCACCAAGUGCUCAGCUACAUAUGGCCCAUGUCGAUGAUGUCGGUGGUACGCGAAUGUAAAAAGUUAGAGAACCGCUGUACAACAUAAAUAUAUAUUAUAGAAACUAUGCAGCGAGUUUCUAACUCUUGGACCAUUGUGAUGCGAUGUACAGUCCAAACCAAAUAUUCCGAAUUAUCUAUGGCUUUCGUUGCCAAUUCUUUCAAAAUUUAUAUUAUAACUUAUCAAUUUACAUUUUCUUAAACUUAAUUGUAAUUUUUUUUUUCAUUUUAUAAAAUAAUACUAAAAUUCGGGUUAAUA